AUGCAGGGAUGCAAUGCCUGGGCAUGUCUCAUUGUGUUUUUGGUACAUGCACGCUCUGCGGCCGCAUCGCAGCAGCAGUUGUUGAUGUCCAAGCCCAUUAGCUUUGCUGAGGAGUGGGAGAUUCUGGGCCCAUUCAAAUACGGUACAAGAGAAGCGAUUUGGCAGCCGGAUCCGCUGGAGGUCUUGGGUGGUUUCCCUCACCUGGACUAUGAUGAGCAGCAAUUGUAUCCCAGCCCCCUGACUACGAAUGCCACUGUGGGCUGGGAGAGACGGGCCUUCAACGCGAGGGGUAGCCCGAGCCAGGUUUCGGUCGACUUACUUGUGUCACACGAGGACGUUGACUGGAAGUUCCUGCAAAGCAUCUAUGGCUGGCAGGCGUUGCAGUUCCAGACGUGGGUUAGGGGUGUUUUGCAUAACCACCAAGCUGAACCGAUCAAAAUCGCCCUACAUGCACCCGGCGUUCUCCAGUUCACGUUCGAGGGCUACCAUGAGCGAUCAAGCCACUUCGGGGUAGACUUCUACGGUUUCGAAAGAGCACCUAUCGUCUUGGAGCUAAAGCCAGGGACGAACAUAUUUAAUGUUCGCCUUGUGCGUGACGUAAGGGCCAACGGUGGCCAGAUUCCGCCCUCUAUUGAGGCAACGCUGCGUGCCGAGGUUCUAACAGGUAACGCCAGCAUUGUCGAACGUAGCCUUAUUGUACCAGAUAUCCUCCACGGCCGCUUCAUCAGCCCGUUGGCGUCCCUCACCAUCACCAACACUGCCGAUGUACCAAUCUUAGUUGAAUCAAUUCUUGUCAACGCGCCGAAAAGAGGGGAACAGACCACUCAUACGAAGGUCUGGAUUGCCGUGGGCCAGUCGCGGCCACUUCUCUUCCGCCUUGAUGAAAUCUACAACCCAUCAUCCGAGCUUGUUGCAACAGUACACUUCAGACAGUUAGACCACAUGCAACUCGAAGAAAUAUACGUACCGUUUCUCGCCUCAGGGCGUGGAAUUGAAGAACCCCAGAGACUGACCUUCCUCCACCCUUCUGGGUCGCUGUCGUACGCUGUGCUAUUGCCGCCAUCCAGGAAGACGGUGAGGCAGCAUAAAGGGCCCCUUCCAGUCUUAGUUGGACUUCACGGAUCUGGGCUAGAUGUGAACUCCUACCAGCUCAAGCACUCCUUUGACGGAGCCCCAAACUUUCCGGCAUGGAUUCUGUUCCCCACGGGUAUGAGUACAUGGUGUGGCGACGACUGGCAUAACUGGGGAUUGAGGGAUGUUGAUGCAGCUUUAGAGGCCAUUCCUGACUGGAUUAAGCACAACCACUGGGACGGACCAGGUGUUUACAUUGACCGCUUUCUGCUUGCCGGGCAUUCGAACGGCGGGCACGGCACGUGGCACAUAACCUUACAUCAGCCAGACCGCGUGAUAGCCGCGGCUCCUGCAUCUGGCUAUACCUCAAUCGAUAACUAUGUUCCUUUCACAAUGUGGGACGAUGCAGAUCCCGCUCAGCUCGCUGUGUUGGCGGCUGCGAGAGCUCCUUUCCGGCAGGAGCUCUUCCUCGAGAAUCUGAAGGCUAAGCCGGUGCUGGUGCAGCACGGAGAACUGGACGACAACGUACCAGCCUAUCAUUCAAGACUGAUGAAAGCCUAUUCGGUGCUCAAGAGCGCGGUUGAGAUAGACUAUGCCGAGAUUCCGGCCAAGCUGCACUGGUGGGAUGGGGCAAUGACAACAGAGCCGAUGCUGAAAUUCUACGACCAACAGAUUCGGGAUCUCGCAAUCCCACCCAUCAUCCCUGACGAGUUCCAUUACAAUGUUGCCGAUACAUCUGAGUUUGGCUCGCUCCAUGGGAUUCAUGUGGAUCAAGUCAUCAAGCCUGACGUACUAGCUCGAGUGUCGGUCGACACACGAUCCUCUAAAAAUCUCAAAAAGUGGAAGAUACGCACUCGUAAUGUCCGCCGCCUGCGUCUAGACCGAAGCAAAAUGGGCGACGCCCAAACGAUACAGAUCGACGAGCGGUCACCUGACUGGUCCGUCUCAGAACUGUCUAUCGAAGGCAGUUUCGUUCUCGAAGCGGGAAGAUGGAUUUAUGAGAAUAUACGUCAGCCGGCAGAUGUGAGAAGUCGAACAGGCAAGCAGAGAGGUUCCAUGGAUUCAAUAUUACGGACGGCCGCUCCCUUUCGAAUCGUGACUCCGAAAGAGACCUACGAAAUCGCAUUACAAAUCAGCAAUACUCUCCUCCAGUACUUUGGAGCAGACUCUGAAAUUAGAUAUGUCGAGCACCAUGAAAAGGCUCGCCAACAAGGAGGGAACGUCAUCGUGAUUGCGCUUGCGGGCUCUACGCCUCAGUCUCUGUUGCAAUCCUUUCCAAUCUUUGUAGACGAGGGAUGUGUUUUCGUACGAGAGAAGGAUGAGGUGGGACGAGGUAGGAGGAUACGGAAUGCUUCCAGUGCUACGUGGCUUCAACCACUUGAGGGCGAGAGGCUGGAGCUGGUGUUAUGGGGAGUAGACGUUCCGGCUCUGCAGCAGGCUGCACGAUUGAUUCCCACGCUGACAGGAGCGGGCAAACCAGACUUCACCAUCUUCGAGCAUGACAAACUGAAUGGGGUGCACAGCCGGGUGGCAGCAAUGGGCUUCUUCGAUUUUGCAUGGAACAUAUCGGCGGCAUCAUACGUGCCAUAA